AACAUUGCCUGCUCCCAAGCGUCCUCAAUACUUAGAACAAAGUAAUAUUGUUAGGCGUCCCUCAUGACACCACACAAGUUAGCCAUGCGAGUGCUAGCUAGCUACCUGGGUAGGUAUUUUAAAAUCCAAAUUUAACAAUUCCAAAUGUUGUGUAUAUUUUGUGGUAACUUGUAGAGAUAGAAGCAGUCAACUAAAUAGAACUCGGACAGAUGAAUAUUUACCUUACUGAGGUGAUUCUAUUCUUUUCUACUCUAUUUUUUGCUGACACACUGCUCUUUCUAAACAAGUCUGCUCUCAGCUUGGAAGAUACUGAUCAUGAGAUUUGAUGCGUAACGUAAAACAGUAUAUUAUUCAAACCACACCCUUUGAGCUAUGACGCCACCCAAUGAGAUCAUUUCUCUUUAGUUUAAACGGAAGUGAACAGUGACUAAGAACAAUUUCCACGUUAGCGUUUUUAUGAAGACGUUUAUUAACACAGUGGAACUCAUGACGUUUAAAUGAACAGCAUCACAUACUUUUCCCAGGUAGUGUUUAAUUCUCGUUGGAGACAGGACUUGGUUGAUCGAUGUUACUUAGGUAAUGCUAGCUAGCUGCGAACAAUGGCUAACUGUAUGGUUUUUCACACUCAAAUAGCCUCCAUCAUGGAGGUGCUAGCGAAUGCAGCCGUUGCAGAGAUAUGUAAACUCGUAGACGACGACUAUGCAGUGUUUCGUUUGGAAAUGUCUCAAAGCCGGAAAGAAAACAGUUCAUUGCGGAGGAAACUACAACUACUUGAUCUGAAAGUGGCACGGGAGCGCGCAGAAAGGACAAUGCGAGAGCGUUCCCUCGCCAGUCGUCCCAGUAGUGACAAGAUCCUCAACCGAAACAGAGGAAUGGCAAGAGGUGAAGGACAUUUCACUGGCGGCCACAGGAGCUUUGUGAAGCCAGCGAGAGACAAUACAUGGAGAGAUGACCAACCAAUCACUGUUGAUGAUGGGAGUGGAACCUCAACCCAGGACGUUAUCGUGAUAGAGCCUGCAGAGGCUGCAGUUCCUGGGAUGAAGCAAGAGAGGUCUGAAAGAGAGGAGGACCCACGGCACAGCAGAAACAUCCAGACUGGAGUGGUUGGAGUGCCCCAUGAGGCCACUGAGGACCCCACCACCGUCCCAGCACCGCCCAGGCCCAGGACCCAACGCAGCAUCACGGAGGAGGAGGAGUGUCCACAGGUGCUGCUGGUGAAGGAGGAGGGUCUGGGGAACCCUGAAGGGACCAUGGUCAUGGAGGACAACCAGACUACACCUCCUCCUGAACCCACAGAGGAACCAGCUGAGCAGCACAGGACCACACACAGUCUCACUGAGUCAGUAGACAUGGAGGAUGGGAAGCCUGAUCUGCUGCUGGUCAAAGAGGAGACAGAGGACGGACCAGAGAGCAUUGAUCUGCUGAGUGGACUAAAGAUGGGGGAGCAAGGUGGUUGGCUGGAGGCUAACAGAGGAGACUGGGCGGACAUCUUGGAUUCCCAGACCGGUGCAGCCAAGGGCCCAGGGGACAACAUCACUGAGCAGGCCAGGACUAGAGAUGACAUAGUGGAGGUCAGUGGAUGGGACAGUGUCCUCAACUCUGGGCUGGGGAACAACACUGUUAAUAACAACCAGAAACAGAGAGUGGAACACAAAACAACAACUGAACUGAGACCAGGACUGGCUGAGACCAGGGCAAGGCGUAGAAUUGGUCUGCGGGGACUGGGAGGUGUCCGUAUGCGGCUGAAGAGAACAGACACAGACUCGGCUAGCGAUGCUCCAUCCUGCUCCUAUAGUUGUAAUUCAGAGAGACUGAUGGUGCCUCAGGUUAACCCCCUAACAGGUGCUGCCUUCAGCCUGCCUUCUAUAGGAUCCAUCAACUGGAACAUGGACCCUGCGACAACACAGACACUUCCUGGCCUUCAUCCUCCUCACACUCUCCUAAUGUUAAACCAGACCUCAGAACACGCCCGUGCCUCAUCACUAAAUGGCUACACAAGCCCAUUGACACAUGACCGUAGUAGAGACGGAAUCAGUAAAGGUGGCAGCGCCAAAGAGAAGCGCUUUCCGUGUUCAUUCUGUGGGAUAGCCUUCAGUUUCCCCAAACAGGUGGAGAUCCACCAGAGGAUGCACACGGGGGAGAAAGCGUUCAGCUGCCACCUGUGCCCGGCCAGUUUCUCCCGAUUGUCCAACCUGAAGAGGCACCAGAGGGUCCACACAGGGGAGAAACCCUACAGCUGCCCCCAGUGUGCGAAGAGGUUCUCCCACCACCACAAUAUGAAGGUGCACCUGAAGGUCCAUACGGGAGAGGCAAACGUAAAGACCCACCAGAGGAGAUUCUCAGAGAAGAGUUACCUGAGGAUACACCAGCUUAAAAACCAUUCACUCUAUAACAUAGAAAGUAACCAUUCCACAAGAUAGCUUCUGACGUUUAGAUCAAACCCUGCAUUAAAGUCAAAGAUGAAUUUUCAUUAUUGUUAUUAGAAAAGAUCCACAGAUGCAUUCGGAAUAACAGGAGUAACAUAUUUCAGUGUUGAAUAUUCCUGGGUAGAAUAUUGCAUCCAGACGUGUGAUAUAUAAGGUGUGUAUAUAUAAGCCUAAAAACUCUGUUACAUAGUGUUUGUACUGUGUAGGCUAUAUGAUUGUCACAAAUGCCUAUUUCAUUACUUCCAUUCAACUACACUUUUAAUGAUAAAAUGAAUGCAGUUUA